AUGUCGUUAUUUCCGGCUUACAAUACAGCACCACAAGCGACAAUAGGUGAAUGUAAGUGAAAUUAAGGCAAACCCUCCGAGCUAGCUUGGCUAACGAACCAGAGUUUCAUUCCAUUUCAAACCGCGGAUGUUAGUGACGAUGAAUCCGCUGCUGAUGAUGAUUACUCCGAUCGUGCCGAAGCAUUCGAUCGCGGAGUAGAAGUAUCUGAACACACUGAAGAAACCUCCUCGAAACGACAUAAAAGAAAGCACAAGAAGAAACACAAGAAAAAGCAGUCUAAGCGACGAAGGUACAGCUCGUCAUCGUCGGAUCGUUCGGGUGAAGAGCAGCCAACCGCGACUACCUCUUCAGUAAGGAUUUCUGAAACCGAAUACUAUACCGACGUAGAUCCGUUGAAGAUAUAUUUGACCGUUGAAAAGCUGCACCGUCCGGCAUGUCCUCGGUAUCGCUUAGGAACGUAUAGAGCCCUUGGAACGAAGGGAUUUGCUGGAGAUCACGACCCACAGAAGGACCGCUGCAAGCGAUAUUUUAGGGCGCCACGAAAAGAAAGUAAACGUGACGGCACGAAGCUGACGCAAGAGGAAGUAUUCGCUCGUGAAGCGGAUCUGGAGCGGUCUAUACGGGUUGAGGAUACCGUGGGCAAAUGGAUGGAGCUCAUGCGCUUCCGGCAAGAAAAUCCUAUCCACAUCGACAGCUACCAGAACCACAAACGCGAGUUAUCUCUCGUCGAACGCGCUCGUAGCCAUUUCCCUGCAGACGAGCAUCUUCUGGUGGCGUAUCUGGAAGCGAUCGUACGCGUGUAUCCCACGGACGAGGUGCUAGAUCUUAUUCGACAGGCUAUCGCGAAGGACGAAACGAACGUGACGCUAUGGCGAGCGCUCAUCCGUAAUAAGCAGUGCGCGAUGGCACAGUGCAUCGUGCCGGACGUGCUGAAGCUGUACGAGAAAAGCACUCGUUCCCUAUUUAUGGCCCGUCGUAGCGACGAAACGAUGCUACAGGUGUUUAAGAAUUGCGCCACGUUCUGCCGUCAGGCGGGCCUAUGUGAGCUGAUGUUUGGGAUGCUGCAGCACGCGCUGAGUAUGAACGUUAGUGGCCGUUUUGGAACCGCUGGAGGAGACAUGUUCACUUCGCCUGAACAUUUUCAGCAAUUGAUUGAGUACGAGGAGCUGAUCCUAAAAUCUGGCCUGCCGAUGAAUGAGAUCUGGUUGAGAGUUGAGCUGCUUCGCGGUGCUUUCCAUUACGUUCCGUUCGGAGGUGGUCGAUUAGCCAGUGAUCCUCAGCGGAUGGUGUUGACCGACGACGUGGUAGGCUUUGUGUAUCCCCUGAUCAACAAGUCGUAUUCGUUCGAGCUGACACUUACGGCGUUGAAGUUGAUGAAAUUUCCGUUCUCCCAGCCAAUCAACGACGAGGAACCGUACGAGACGGACUACCCAGAACAAUUGCUACCGGUGUUUCUGGAUGUGUACCGCGAUCGUUCGCUGGACGGUGAACUGUACGCGUUCAUAAAGCAGCUAAGUGUGGCACCGUCGUACAUCAAGGCGAACAUAGCUUACGAAUCGUACCUUGAAUUGGUUCGAAAAUUCCUUGCCAUAACGAUUGACCAUUUCACUGGAACGCAAAGUGCGAUUCUGCUGGUUCUGUAUCUGCAACUCGAGCGAAUACUUGCGUGCGAGGAAAAAGUUCUAUCAUCCCCACCCGCAACGGUACUAGAGGAGGAAAAAUCGAAACCCAUUCGAGCGCGUGUGAAACAACUUCUGAAGCACACCCACAGCUCGAAUCAGAACAGUCUGGCCGUGUACGCCGAAUACGGGUUGCUAGAGUACGAAAUGUCCGGUCUCACAGGAUCAUGUAGGAAAAUUUUCACCACCUCCGUGCAGGUGUACUGUUCGAAUAGUGAUACGCAAGACGAUGAUAAUGAUCUGUUCUGUCUCGUUUUAACGAUGGUGGAUUUGCUACUCAUCAACGGCCACAAGGAUGAGGCAGUGAGAGCCCUCACAAACCUGGCCCUCAAACCGUUGGAACUGAGUUUCGAGGCAUCUGAGAAAAUACCCCCCGUGCCAGACACGGUUAAGCUAUCGGCCCUGCAAAAAUUCAACGAUCGCGUAAAUCGAGCGGUACGACACGAAACACAGCAGGAUUCCACCGCGGGUGUUUCAAUGGAGCAACGUUUCACUCGAAACCCCAUGAUAAGUGCGAUCAAAGCGUACGUCUUGUACCUCGCGUUAAUUCGAUCGAACCUAUCGGAGCCCAAGAAACAGCUGGAAACGUUUCUGUUCCUGUUCAACGAACCUGCUAACCCGCGGCAGCAAUUCCUGCGGCGGCAGCUGUACGACAUCUAUCUUCAGCUGUUUGAGAUCACCCGGGUUAGCAACGAUCGAGUUUCGUCAGCAGAAAACGUGAGAAGUUUCCUCGAUGUAGUCGAUCGAGCAUUGAACGAUUUUCCCGCCAACCUGCGGGCCCUUCGAGUGAUGGUAUUUAACGAAAAUUUGCCCUGGUUGCGGUUACGUGGCGUACUUGGUAAUCAUCUCACACCGAAAGCGGUCUUGCUGCUGGUUAUUGCCGCUCGGUAUCGGGGAUCGAAAACGGCCAGUACGGGCGAUACGGCUAGUGAAACGCCGUACAAACAGCGUAUACUUAAUCUACUCAGCAGCGCUGUAAAAUCUUCCAGCGGAUCAUCGAUUCUUCACCAAAACGCGCUGCUUUGGCGAUUGUAUCUUCGGGAGCUGUUCGAUCAACCGAACGCUCCGCCAGGAUGCAGCGUGUUGGAGCAGUGCCGGCGAACGUUGUACGCGGCCCUCGAGGCAUGUCCCUGGAACAAGGCGCUCUAUCUUGAUGGGGCAUCCUGUGCGCCUCAGGAGCUCUCGCAGCUGCUUGAUCUCAUGAUGGAGAAGCAACUAAGGGUGCACGCCAUCCCGGAGGAACUUGCUAUAUUGAGAGAUGGAUGA